UUCACAUUCCAUUCUCAACUCAAGUUCGGCAUUUAUAUUCAAUUUUAUACUUGAGUUUUUCUUUGAGAUUUCUCGGUAAAAUUUGCUAUAAAACUUAAACAAGGAGGCAGGCAACGUUUCAGGAAAGUGUAAGGUGAGUUUUACAAACUUAUUUAUUGCAUUUCAAUCGUUUAGAAUGCGAAAAUCAGUUGAGAUAGCGCGAGUCAAAUUUUUGUUUACGGAACAUUUUUUCGUCGAAAUAUUUUUGAGAUUCUUUGUUAGUUCUUAACGUUGUUAAGUUUUUUCAUGUUUUACUGCUUGAACAUAGCUUGAUAUUUUAACACUGAACCUUUCAUAAUUGUUAUCCCUGUUAUUUUCCACAAAAAAGUUUCUAUUUUAUAAAAUACGUAGUAUUUACACAGUUGUAUUAAUAGUGUACUAGUAUUAAUUUAUGUCUGUUUCAAUAAUAUUUCAUUACAUAACUUUAAUACUAUAAAAUUUAUAAAUUUCACUUAUAUACAUCAUGUUUCAUAGUUGUUAAAGACACACAAGCAUAGGUCAUUAUUUAGAUUUAAAGCUGUUUCUACAUAUCCAUAUGCAAUGUUGUACAUAUCAAGACGUUAAAUUACUCAAUAUUUAACAAAUUGCUAUUGAAUUGCUAUCCGUUCAUCUAUGGCAUAUUUUAAAGUGGCAAUUUCCCAGCUCAAGAGUUUGUAUUUGACCGAGUAAAAAUGAUUGUAUAAUGAUAGCCAAUGUUAGUAAUACAAAAUGACCAUGAGUUGAAAUUUCUGGUUAGAAAUCUUGACAGCAUUCAUUUCAAUAUGAUUGUUUGAUAACUCUGGCGCCAUGACACUCUGCGGAUGUCUGGAUGAGUUGAUGCCACCGUCUUGUACCAUAUGCUCAUGGUUAGAUUUCUCAGUGGUAAACUCGUAUUUAGACAUACCAAGAGGACAACUAGUAAAUUUUACUUUGCAAAAUAUCAGUUUUUUAUUUUUGACAGAAUCAGUUGUUUGAAGAUGAUGAAGUUUCUCUUGGCUAUAGCAGCCAUCUCUCUUGUUCUUUAUGAAGGUAGGUAAUAUAUGAAUGAAUAAAUUUUUGCCUAAAUGAAUGUUAAAAUCAGUGGCGCCUCCAGCUCGAUAAUUGGGGGGGCCAAUAUUCAUAUAUUUGUGUUCACAGACCAUAAAACAAUCGAUUUCAAAAGCGGUUAAUAAUGCAGAACACAAAGAUAUGAAUAUUCGCCCCCCCCAAUUAUCGAGCUGGCGGCGCCACUGGUUAAAAUGGGUUAUUCGAGAAAACAUUCACACCUUCAAAAGACCAGGUUGAUUAUUAAUUGGUUAUUGGUGUUCUAAUAAUUGAUUCAGAGUAUGAAUUAAUGGGUACUAACUGUUGAUUGAAACUCUUUGUUGCUAUGAAUUUCAUUGAACUGCCGAACAUAUCGUACUGUUUGUCUGUCAGUCUGUGUCUUUGGUAGACCAUGACAAGUCUCCACCUGCAAACUUAAAUGUUUUGCCAUCACAGCUAUUUUUAUUCUGCCCUUAUUUCAAAGUUUACAAAUAAAAUUGCAUUCAAAUUUAUAAACUUUAAGCAUUUUCAACAAAAGUUUGACGAAACAUGUUUGAAGUUCAUAAAUUUAAUUAUUUAAACGCAAUUUUGUUUGCAAACUUCGAAACAAAGGCCGAAUUAAAAUAGCUAGGAUCACUGCUAAUUGCAAAACAUCUAAUUUUGUGGGUGAAAACACAGACAAAUAUAUUCAUGUUUUCCAGUUCAAUGAAAUCUAUAGUAUUAGGCCAAAAAACAAAAUAUGUGGGUUUCCGGUUUCUUCUUAUAAAAACUUAGGUAGGGUAGGUCGGUUUUAACUCUUUUUUUUGAAACUUUUUUUUUUAAUUUUCCGAAUAAGCGGACGCCAUUUUGUUUAGUCAGUGCUUCCACAUCCAAAGAUAAAUUUCCCUAAUAUUGCCUCAAAUUUCAAUUUUCCACAAACUUUUUCCUCUAAGUGGAAACACUUACAAGCAUGAUCCAAUAAAAAAGUUUAGGGUCGGGAUUUCGGCGUCCAAAAGCUAGGUAGGGUCGGGAAACCGGAAACCCACAUAUUUUUUUUUUGGCCUUAUCAAUUGUGUGUAUUUAGGUUUUGCAAUCAACUGCUACACGUGUGUAAACCAGAGGAUUGGUGACUGUUUGAGGAGUAACCAGACAUGUGGUAAAGGAAUGGACAAGUGUUUUAGCAUGCAGAAGGAAGCGUUAGAUGGUGGUUAUCGUUAUACUAAACAGUGUGCGGACGAGUGGUACUGCGAAAGAACCGACGCCGCGUGCAACGACCUUGACGAGCCAGAAUACAGUUACAUGGAAUGCAAUGUUGGAUGUUGUACUGACGACCUCUGUAACGGGGCUGAGGGUGGUCUGUUCGUUAGAAGCUCGUUAUGGAUGGUAUUAGCCGUACUGGUUCCCUUUGCUCUUUACCAACUACAGUGAAUUGACAAACAUCAAGUUUUGUAAGUAGUCGUUGUUGUGAUAACGUCGCGUGAAAAUUGUGUAAUUUGUAUCAUUCGUCAACUUUAGAAUAUACUGUACAGUUAGGUAGUUAAACUUAGGCAAACACCAGUUUUGUAAUGAUAAGAUGGUGUAAAGUAACUAUAUAUACCCAUUCACCACAUAUGUACAUCUGCAAAAUAAUUUAACAUGGAAUCAAAGGAGUUUUUCCAAUAGGUUUUGUCAGAUGAAGCCAAAUGUUUAUUUGGUAAAGCAAAACUGGGUUUGAGACAGAUAUUUAGUUUAUAGAUGGAUUUUGAGAUUUUGCUGGGGGGGGGGGCAAGUGAGCAAGGAGGUAUGUAGCUCUGCCGAGCAAACUGAAUCAGGGGUCUGGGGCACAGUCACUUGUGGGGACAAGGUUGACAGUAGGGGGCAAACCCCCAUGCAAGUUUUGAGAUUUUUGGUCUUCAAAAUCCUUAUUUCAAUCAUACUAUUUAAAUUUCUGGUGGGGAGGGUGUGCAAAGUUGUCUAGAUUUGGUGGGGAAAUUUUCUGAGGGGGUGUACCCCCUGUCUAUGAUUUAGCUGGGAAAUUUGCAGGAAAGUAACAGCAUUCAACCUUUGACCCAGGUGACUGGCAAUGCAUGCAGAGAUGCUUGGAAGUUUAAUAAUAUAUUUUAUUAUAUAAAGUAUAGUGCUUUAUAGAGAUUUCGAGCACUGAUAAAAGUGAUAAUCUCAAAUGUGAGAUUAUGGUAUGUGAAAAUUAUCGCUUUUCAAUUAUCGCUUUUCUGUAAAAAUUAUCGCUUUUCAAAGACUGUCCUUUAUAUAAUAAACAGAAAAAUACAUGGAUGCUUGGAAAUACCAGAUUUAUUUCUCGUGUUGAACAUGAUAUCUCACUUCUUUGCUGCGCUCACUCCUGAGAUAUCAUGUUCAACACUCGAAAUAAAUCUGGUAUUUCCGCGCACCCAUGUAUUAUUCUCUCUGUAAAAGCACAUGCAACACAUUGUAAAACACAUGCAUGCAUCCAUGCAACUACAUGUCAUGUAUUAAUGAUGAAACAGAAAACCAAUCCAUAUAGCAGCUCUACAGUAUAUAUUAUAUUAUAUAUGAUGCUGUGUAUUAUAAAUUUGUUAUAAUACUUCAUGACUGGAUAAAUAUUAAUUUGUAACAUUUGGAAAUUUUUACUUUUAAUAAAAAAGAACAUAUUAGUGUUUGCUUUUACCAGUACUUAAAGAAUUUAUUAUAAUUUGUUUGAAAAAAUGUCUUCCCCUUCGCCUCUUUACCACGUUAUAAAUUAUUUGCGAUUAUUAGUGUCGCAGCAAGCUUAUGUAAAAAAGUUAAUUUUUUCAGUGAUUGAAAGUGAUUAAAUAAGCGAAUAAUACUUAAUAAAUAAAGUGAAUAAUAAUUCAUUAUUGACUAGCUAUCAAUGUGAGUUGCUUGAUGACGUCUCUGAA